AUGUGCUACGACCGCUACGUGUCCAUCUGCAAACCCCUGCACUACGGGACCCUCCUGGGCAGCAGAGCUUGUGCCCACAUGGCAGCAGCUGCCUGGGCCAGUGCCUUUCUCACUGCUCUGCUGCACACAGCCAAUACAUUUUCCCUGCCCCUGUGCCAUGGCAAUGCCCUGGGCCAGUUCUUCUGUGAAAUCCCAUACAUCCUCAAGCUCUCCUGCUCCAAAUCCUUCCUCAGGGAACUUGGGCUUCUUGUGUUCUCCCUCUGUUUGGUAUUUGGUUGUUUUGUGUUCAUUGUUUUCUCCUAUGUGCAGAUCUUCAGGGCCGUGCUGAGGAUCCCCUCUGAGCAGGGACAGCACAAAGCCUUUUCCACCUGCCUCCCUCACCUGGCUGUGGUCUCUCUGUUUAUCAGCACUGCCUCAUUCACCUACCUGAAGCCCCCCUCCAUCUCCUCCCCAUCCCUGGAUCUGGCCCUGUCAGUUCUGUACUCGAUGGUGCCUCCAGCCCUGAACCCCCUCAUCUACAGCCUGAGGAACCAGGAGCUCAAGGGUACCCUGAGGAAAAUGAUGAAUGUAUCUUUUCAAAAAUGUUAA